GCGCGGGGCGCGUGCGCGGGGCGGGGCGGGGGCCGUGCGGCGCUGAGGGGCGGCGGUCGCUGCGAUACCGAGCCGCGCUGAGCCUUGCUGCCGCGGCCGAGCUGUGCUGAGCGGUGCCCGCCGGAGCCGCCGUGCCCCAUGUCGGCGCCGUUCGAGGAGCGCAGCGGGGUGGUGCCCUGCGGGACGCCGUGGGGCCGCUGGUACCAGACGCUGGAGGAGGUGUUCAUCGAGGUGCGCGUCCCGCCGGGCACCCGCGCCAAGGACGUGCGGUGCAGCCUGGGCAGCCGCGACAUCGCGCUGGCCGUGGGAGGGCAGGAGCUGCUGCAGGGUAAACUUUUUGACUCUACAGUAACUGAUGAAGGAACAUGGACAUUAGAAGACAGGCAGCUGAUACGAAUUGUACUAAUGAAGACAAAUAGAGAUGCUGGAAAUUGUUGGACAUCUCUGUUAGAAAAUGAAUAUGCUGCUGAUCCUUGGGUACAGGACCAGAUGCAGAGGAAGCUCACACUGGAACGAUUCCAAAGAGAGAACCCUGGAUUUGACUUCAGUGGGGCAGAAAUUUCUGGGAACUACAGCAAAGGAGGACCAGACUUUUCUAGUCUUGAAAAGUAAACUUUAUCUGUGUUCUUUUAGAGGAAUUACAUGUUACAGUUAAGGACUGGAAUCACGGAACUGGUGAAGACUUCAGUGAUCUCUUCAAUGGCUUGUUGUCAAAAGUAAUUACUUAAGUCAAGAGGAGGUCUCUUCCAGCAGAAUGAAGAUAAAAUGUUACCAGCUGAUUUAUAAGCUGCAAUUAUCUUAUAAUACUAAGGGACAAAUUAUAGAGAAAGGUGUACAUAAAAAACUAACAUUUUUGAGCAGAA